GAGUAAAAUCAUCACAGAAUGAUUAAUUGUUAACGGAUUUCCGAAAGUGAUAAAAAUGGAAUCUAGUGGUUCACUAAACUCUGCUGUCAGAGUAAAAGAGGAAGAUAUUGAUGUGACACGUAUUCAAAAUGAUGCGGAAAUGAUUGAUGAGAAACCUUAUCUUAAAAACGUUCAACAUUUACUAUUUCCUACAGAACAUGCAACCCAUACGCUUCGGAAAUAUGAAGAAAAUCACGAAAGUGAACUUGAUAACAAAGUGGAAAUAGUUUUUGAAUGCCAAGACAUCAAGUCCAACAUUAAUUCAGUAGCAGUUGAGAAAAUAAAAACCGAGAGGGAAGUGAAACAGAAAUUUUUUGGCGAUGUUGCAGAAGAAUUUAAUUUGAAUUUUGAUUGUGAGCUCAACGAUGACAUGGAAAUAGUUGUUGAUUGUAAAGAUGUCAAACCCAAUAUGAAUUUGUCAGUAGAAAAAAAAAUUGAAGAUGAUUCUCAAAGUUACUCGUGUAAUGUUGAAGAUAGCAUUGGCUGUAAAACUCAAAACGCAUUUAAAAUAGAGCCCACAGUGAAGGUGAAACAUGAAUUCACAGGCAAUGCAGAAGAAUUGAAUUUGAAUUUCCGCUGUGUUACCGAACAAAACAAAAAAAAGAAAAUUACAAAAAAAUUACAUAACGAGCAUGGAUUUAAAACUCACAUAGGUGCGGUGCGCAAUUUUGUCACACAUGCAUGUGAUUUAUGCGGCAAGAUAUUCUUAAGGGAAAGUAAUUUUAUCGUCCACAAUUGUGAGGUGCAUAAUAAAAUUACACAUGCAUGUGAUGUAUGCAGUAAGAAUUUCUCAAGCAAAGGUUAUCUCAAAAUCCACAUUGAUACGGUGCAUAAUGGUGUUACAAGCGAAUGUGAUAUAUGCAGAAAAAAGUUCUCAAGCAAGGGUAAUCUCAAAAAACACAUAAAUUCAGUGCAUAAUGGAGUCACACAUGCGUGCAAUAUCUAUGGAAAGAAAUUCACACAAAAAGUUUGUCUCCAAAUCCACAUCGAUACGGUGCAUAACGGUAACAAACAUACGUGUGACGUGUGUGGAAAGAAAUUCAUUCAAAAAGGUUUUCUCAAAAUCCACAUCGAUUCGGUGCAUAAUGGAGUCACACAUGCAUGUGAUAAAUGCGAAAAAAAAUACUCAACUAAGGACUAUCUCAAAAGUCACAUCGAUACAAUGCACAAAGGUAGAUUUUUUGAAUAAUUUUUUUGAAAUCCUCUACGAAUGGUAGUCUUAAACGAUACAUAGAUGUGGCGCCUCACUCACGAAUUUCAACUUAAUAAACGUUAAAAUAUAAUGUACGCGUUCGGAAGAUUAAUUUGAAAAUUUUCAUUAAUAAUAAUACUGUGAUUUCUUCUAAUGUUAUCUCAUUAUGUAAAAUUUUUCGAAAAAAUUUAAUAAAUUUUUGUAGGAAAAUGAAGCACAUUGUUGAUUUUAAAGUUAACGAAAUAUUGACAACAUCUAAUAAAAUUUCAAUUGUUCUCACGUUUUCCCAUAUUCUUCAAAGCCCAAUAAACAACUAUGAACGGCCAUCACAAGCGUUAAUUAGCGCUAAAAAUUUCAAUUAGCCUCGAACUUUGACGUUUAUUUUCUAUAGAAUUUAUCGUAUAUUCGUGCGAACUCCGAGAUAUCAUUGUACGAAGUAUACAUAUUAUCUUCUGCCAAAUCAGAGCUCAAUUGUACGCUUACUACAUACAGCGAUAAACCCGUUACCCACAUGUGUGACAUAAUAAUACAAGCUGUGACAAUCAGUCGAAGGCCCGUAUACGUUCGCGACGAUGCGAUGCGCGCACACAUGCGUGAGCACGUGCGCUCUCGAGGCAUUUAAACGUACAUCACAGAUAUAAUAGAAGAGAGGAGAAAAAAAAUAUCGUCAAUGAUUUGCAUGUUCGAAUAUCUUGUAUAUGAUACACACAGAAGACGAUCGACAAACUACCAUUAUACACGCACAGAUCUGUCAGCUCGAAUUGACAGUCAAUAAUGGCAUUGCUCAACCGAUCGUCAUACACCAAGCCAAGUUCAAUCUUCUCGUCGUCGUGAACUGUUACAAGCGCAGAUCUGCAUACAAUAUGCGGCAGCGAACGAAGCUAGAAGUAAAAGAAAAAAAAAUGUAGCAAAACGAUGUAUACAACUGACACUCGAGCUUUGCGCGAAGAAUUAGCGCGAGAGCGUGGGGUUUUAUUCCGCAUCAAAACCGCGUGUCGUCGUCUAUUGCACAAUUUUCACCUAUUGUCACAAUAGUCUGCGUGCCGCUGUUGCAUCGACGCUCGUCUUCGCGCAGUGCAUACGCAAUGAUGGCGCGAGUCGUUAACGAAGACGGGCGGCUGACCUUUCGCAGGCUACUUCCUCAACUCGUUUGCGGUCUCGGCGCCACCGUGACGAUGGUCGAGCUGGGCCUGUCGAGCGGCUGGUCGUCGCCCUACCUGGCCCAGCUCACGGCGCCGGGCUCGCCGCUGCCGCUCACGCUGGAGCAGGCCUCGUGGGUGGCGUCCCUCAUCAACGUCGGCCGCUUCGUCGGGGCAUUUCUGGGCUCGCUCCUCGUCGAGUACUGCGGCAGCAAACGAGCCAUGCUGGUCAACACGCUGCCCAUGACUCUGUGCUGGAUACUGACCUGUCUCGCGGACUCGCCGAUCUGGCUAUACCUGGCCCGGCUGAGCGGUGGCCUGUGCCUCGGCAUGGCCUACAGUACCUAUCCGCUUUACGUCGGCGAGGUCGCCCUACCUCGGAUCCGGGGCGCCCUCGUGUCGCUCGUCUCGUUCGGCGGCACCGUGGGUAUAUUUCUGGGCAUCCUGGCCGGUAGCUACCUGGACAUGCGACUGUCGGCCGGCAUCUAUCUGGGCCCGUGUCUCUUUCUCAUAAUCCUGUUCAUGUGGUUGCCGGAGUCGCCUCAUCACUUGGUCAAAGUCAACGAUUUGAAAAAAGCGCGAGAAUCAAUCGAGUACUACCGUGCGGGUUACCAGGUCAACGAGGAGCUCGAAGCCGUGCAGAAAUUUGUCCGGGGUCAGGGCACUCUGGCUUUCUGGGACAGAUUCUGCGAGCUACUGCGCCAGCCGCCCUUACUCAAGGCCACACUGCUCAUCGUCUUUCUCUGGACCUUUAUGCAGCUCAGUGGCUUCAACAAUGUCCUGUUCUACAUGGAGAUGAUCGUUAGGGACGCCGGGGUCACGGUGAUCGAGCCCAAAGUCGUGGUGAUUUUCGCGGGUCUGGCCGCCGUAGUCGCGUCGGGACUGGCGAUAUGGAUCAUCGACAAAUACGGAAGAAAAAUAUUACUGACGAUGUCGAGUCUCGGCGUGACCCUAUCCAUGAUCGGCCUCGCCGUACAGUAUCUCCUUAUCGACGGCCAACCAGCAGCAGGCAUCAGCCCGACUCUGCAACUGCUACCGAUCGGAUCGAUCGUGCUCUACGAGAUUUUCUUUUUCUUGGGCUUCUUCUGCGUGCCCAGCGCCGUGCUCUCGGAGCUCUUCCCGGCCAAUGUCAAGUGCGCCGCCGCCUGUCUGGCCAGCCUCGCCGGCGCCGUGUUCGCCUUCGUCUCGACCAAAUCCUAUCAGCCGCUGGUCGAGGCCAUCGGCACCAGCAACGUCUUCUUUUUGCAGGCCGUUCUGGCGUUCCUGGUCACGCCCUACGUGGCGCUCUUCAUGCCCGAGACCAAGGGCAAGAGUCUGCAGCAGAUUCAGGACGACUUGAUGAGCGCGCGACGAUGAUGAUGACGAUCGGAUGAUCGCGGCCGAUUGUUUUAUCGAUAAGAGGAGAUUAACGGAUGGAUAAUUCUGUCAAAACACGCACGAUUUAUAAAAGCGCAACAGUAGCUUAUGCUUUUUUUGACAUUUCAUCGAGAUUAUUGUAUACGUUUGAUUUAAUAAACGAAAUUUUAAUACAA